UAGGAGUGGGCUUUGCCACCAGGAAAGUGGCUGGCAUGGCCAAACCCAACAUGAUUGUCAGUGUGAAUGGGGACAUGAUCACCAUUAAAUCAGAAAGUACCUUCAAAAACACUGAGAUUUCCUUCAAACUCGGCCAGGAAUUUGAUGAAGUCACCGCAGAUGAUAGGAAAGUCAAGAGCACCAUAACCUUAGAUGGGGGUGUUUUGGUACAUGUGCAGAAAUGGGACGGCAAAUCAACCACCAUAAAGAGAAAACGAGAGGGUGAUAAACUGGUGGUGGAAUGUAUCAUGAAAGGCGUCACUUCCACCAGAGUUUAUGAGAGAGCAUAAGCCACGGGACACUGACCUGGACUGAAGUUUGCAUCAAACUCUAUGACAUACUAUUGGAUGUAUUGUUCAAAAAGAGAUUGUUAUUUUCCACUAUUAAGCAAGCAACUGAUUUUAUCCCAUGCUGAUUUUAUUCAAUAUGGUUGUAUUGGUUAAAUAAAACUUUUUGGAUUUAAAA